CGACGACGUCGCCACAAAGCCCUCGGAAUCUCUAGAACGACCCAGAAACUCCGUUCCUGUUUUUCCCGAAUCCACCAAAGAGGCCACUGGUUUUUUUAAUGAUUAUUAUUUCUCGUUCUUAUCCGCAAACUAUCUUUCCUCCUAUUACUUGAGCUGGUCGUCGCCUUGGGAAGCAAGUCACUGAGCAAUGGCCAUAAGGUCUCCUGCGGCGCGAGCUCCUCUUCGUCUUCUCCUGGGUCGACCUGCGACGAUGGAAGGAGUCGUGGGUGGUGCUCGAAUGGGAGCCCCUCGCUACUUCAGCGACAGCACGGGGAGGAUUCUCAGCGAGGAGGAGAGAGCCAAAGAGAACGUCUUCAUCCAGAAAAUGGAGAGGGAGCGGUUGGAGAAGUUGCGCAGAAAGCGGGAGAAAGAGAGAGCGGAAGUGGAAAAAUCCAGUGCCGAAAAGAAGUUGGAGGAACCUCUGGCAGGCUGAUGCGGCUGUACCCUGUCCUGUUAGCUUCACUGCCGACUUUGCUCUAUGUAGUAUGUGCGUGGAUCGAUUAAUGAGGAAUAAUGUACAUAGCCUGUGCUGCUGCCAACUUUGGUGUAUGGAUGAAAGAAGUGGCUAUUUGUAUUAAAAAUAAACUUCUUUCUCGA